AUGUCUCACACUAUCCUGUCUCUGCCUCUAAUCUCUCCUGCUAACCUGUCUCUGCCUGUUAUCUCUCCCUCUAAGCUAUCUCUGCCUGUUAUCUCUUCAGCUAUCCUCUAUCUGCCUCUUAUCUCUCCCGCUAUCCUGUCUCUGCCUCUUAUCUCUCCAGCUAUCCUGUCUCUGCCUCUUAUCUCUCCAGCUAACCUGUCUCUGCCUCUUAUCUCUCCCGCUAUCCUGUCUCUGCCUCUUAUCUCUCCCGCUAUCCUGUCUCUGUCUCUUAUCUCUCCCGCUAUCCUGUCUCUGACUCUAAUCUCACCAACUAACCUAUCUCUGCCUGUUAUCUCUCCAGCUGACCUGUCUCUGCCUCUUAUGUCUCAUGCUAUCCUGUUUCUGCCUCUUAUCUCUCCAGCUAUCCUGUCUCUGGCUCUUAUCUCUCCCACUAACCUGUCCAUGCCUGUUUUCUGUCCAGCUAACGUGUCUCUGCCUGUUUUCUCUCCCGCUAACCUGACUCUGCCUGUUAUCUCUCCUGCUAUCCUGUCUCUGCCUGUUAUCUCUCCCACUAAGCUGACUCUGCCUGUUUUCUCUCCUGCUAAUCUGUCUCUGCCUGUUAUCUCAUCCGCUAAUCUGUCUCUGGCUGUUAUCUCUUCUGCUGACCUGUCUCUGCCUCUUAUCUCUCCAGCUAUCCAGUCUCUGCCUCUUAUCUCUCCAGCUAACCUGUCUCUGCCUGUUAUCUCUCCCACUAACCUGUCUCUGCCUGUUAUCUCUCCUGCUGACCUGUCUCUGUCUGUUAUCUCUCCUGCUAACCUGCCUCUGCCUCUAAUCUCUCCUGCUAACCUGUCUCUGCCUGUUAUCUCUCCAGCUAACAUGUCUCUGCCUGUCUUCUCUCCCACAAACCCGACUUUGCCUGUUUUCUCUCCUGCUAAUCUGUCUCUGCCUGUUAUCUCUUCAGACAACCUGUCUCUACCUGUUAUCCCCUGA